AUGUUGGUCUCCCCUGAGAACUUUGGUAUCGUUGAACCGAAUGUUUAUCGCUGCUCCAAGCUAGAGGUUGAAAAUUUCCAAUUUUUGGAAACACUCAAUCUCAAGUCGAUCAUCCUUUUGGAUGCCGAAAACCCACCACGUUCAUUAUCGAAAUUCCUUGACGAAAACAAGAUUGAUCUUUAUAGUUUGGGGGACUUGAAAAUAUCCAAUCAUCAACACACGGGGAUGUCGUCCAAAACUGACCUUGACGAUUUCACUAUAGAGAAUGACGAAUUGACUUCGAAUACAUCAACUAGGUCCUCGACGUCAGCAUCCACUCAACAGCAGCAGCAACAAGAUCAUUCACUGCAAUCGCAGCAAACUUAUGUCGAUCCACUUACACCAAUGCCAAUAAUUUCCCGAAAUAGUAGAGAUCAGUGGAUGUUGAUUGAGAAAAAUAUUAUUAUCAAAUCAUUUGAAAUUAUCCUUAAUAACAAACGACAUCCGAUACUUGUUGUUGAUUCCACGGCGACACUUAUUGGAAUCUUGAGAAAGAUACAGAAAUGGAAUUUCAAUUCCAUUUUGAAUGAAUAUAGAAUAUUCAAUGGCACGAGCACAAAGAACAAUUAUUUUGCAGAGACGUUUUUGGAGUUGAUUAGUAUUGAGUUGAUACCGUAUGAGAAUCGCAAAAAGAGUCCAUUUGGAAGUAGACGUAAUUCAAUGAGGCAGAAGUCGCUGAGUCAAAGUCAGGUACAGCAAAUGUUUAAAACACCGGCUGGAGAUGAAUGUACGAUGAUAGAUCAAAGCCAAAAGGGGCUAGAGGCAUGUCCAAGUACUGGAGACAACAUCGUUGCAGAAAACACCGGUGUACUCAUUGAUGGAGACGAAGAUGAUUUAGAAGUAGACGGUGCUGAUGAAGGUGAAGACGACUCGGAUGACGGCUACAGUACAGAUGACAUGGACGAUAUGGACGAUGAUCUCCUUUCGGCAUCACCACAAAUACCAGAAAAUUUGUUGAAAUUUGUUGAGCAGAGGAAGCAGGAUAAGCAUCAAUUUCCUUCGAGUGGCAGAAACUCUAUUGAUAACAAAUCAGAUACAGAAUCAGUGUCAAAUUCUCCCAAGCUAAUGCGAAUACCAAUUCAACACUCGAGAAGCAAUAGUGGUUCCAACAGUCGCAACAAUAGUUUUACAAAUGCCGACUCUUAUUUGAGUACAGUGCGAGGUAUGGACCGUCGAAAAUCAUCGGGCGACAUCAUGAAGAAUAUAAAGUUUCGCAACCCACAACAACAAUUUCCUCAUAGAGCCUCAUUGGAAAGUUCUUCUCCUGGAUUUAAAAGACGCGAUAUGAGGCGUGGCUCUGGAUCGUUUUACAUGAACGACGAUGUCACUAAUAACCAAAAGCCAGUGGAAUUCAUGUACUAUAAGAAUUUAAACAAAUAUGAUGUCAAAUUCGAGAAUGUGAGAAUAAUCAAGUUCAAAUUACCUGCAGAGCACAGACUCCCUGAAUGGUUCAUCAAGCAACGUGAUAUAUGGGAGAAAAAUUACAAGCUGCUAAAUAAUGAAACCUUAUAG